AUGGAAGGAGAAAGCAAAGUGAAAGAUGAGUCGAAAGAAGAGCAAACGAGGAUUUAUAAAAUUUUGCUUCUAACCUAUGCAAGACGACUGUCAAAAUAUCAGGAUGAAAUAAAAAAUAUCUAUUUUCAUAAUAACAUCGUUUCAUCCAUAAAGGACAAAACGGGAGAUUACUACCUAAGUGAGAAUGUCACUUCCCAACAUUAUUUUAUUGACACAUUAAUUAAAUCAAAGGAGGACCAGGAAUUUUUAAAAAGCGUACAGUUAAUCGAGAACAAAGGGGAUAAAGGCGAACAUAAAUUGAACGGCGAUCUCAAUGGGGAAGUCGCGAGCGGAAAUAUAGAAAGUAGAAAUAAUGGUAGUAAUAACAACGCUGAAAGCAACAACGACGGAGUGAAUAACGAAGCAAAUGGUACCAACCAGACGAACCAAAGGACCCAUUUUAAUAACUACAUUAUGGAUAUCAUGGAAAGGUUUCACCUAUUCCUUUUGUUGAAAAUAUUAUUUGUUUUAUUUUUAUUUGAAGCAAGUGCAAAAAUGUACUUUAUCGUUUCUGGGUUGUUUAUCCUGUACAACAGAGGGUUUUUCGACCUCCUAAUUAGCAAUUUUAGUUUUAUGUCAAGCAACGAAUCUAUAGAACAGGUUCUAAGACGCAUGAGCGAAUCGAGAAAUAUGAAUAAUAUGCUGAGUAACGAACACACAGCACAAAGAAGUAACUUGAAUGAAGGAGCGCACCAGGUUAGUCAGCAAGAGGGGGGAAUUAUGGAGGAAAAUAACUGUCACCACCUCGCAAGCGGUUUGCAGUGUAUGAAAAACGGGACAGACGCAGAAGAAGAGUUAGACAACGGAGGGGUGAGUGAGGGCGAAGAAAACACCACCGAUAAUGAAACGAACAAACGGAAAGAAGUAUCGUCAUUUGCGUUGCAUCCUAUGAAUUCCAUUAAUGAUGAGACAAAUCCCCUUCAUGCUGCAUGGAAUGAGGGAGAUCCUCCAGAUGCAGAGGAUAACGAAUUUGUAAGUGAGAUGUAUGACGAAUUUAAUUACCAACUUAAUGAUGAUAAUUCGAAAGAGACACAUCGAAGCGAGCAUAAUGCCAGUGCAACAUGUGGAGACAAAGAUAAAAAAAGACGUUUCCUUUUUUUUAAAAAAAAAAAGAUCGAUCAGAAGACACACGAAACUGAACUAAACGUAAAAAAUAAUUCCUAUGAGGAAUUUACAUCAUCCGUAAAUUUAAAUGGAAAAGGGGAUAGAAGCUACUUGGACGAUGUUACGGAUGAGCUUUUUCGCGAAAUUGGUGCCGCGAAUAGUGGCGACGUGAAUAGUAGCCACGCGGGGAAUCUCCUAUCCGCUGGUGUGAGAAGACGAAAAAAUAUUAGCAGCAGUGAUCAGAAGAGCGCCAACAUUGAUGAUCUUAAUGGCGACAGUAGCAAUGCGCGUAAUGAUAGCGCAAGCAACACGCGCAAUAACGACAGGAUGUAUUUCCACGACAGCUCCACGACAUUUAACAAUCUGUUAAAUAACAGUAUGAGUGAAUUUGUCAACUCCGAUAGUGACAACUCGGAGAAUAACAUAGACAGUGGGCAAUCAUACUGCAGCGAUUCUUCCGCAUCGAAGAAGAAAAAAGAACCUCCUCACAGCACACCAGAGGAGGGGGAUAAUAACAACACCAUGAACGCGAGACGGAAGCCAACGAAGUUCGAAAAAUAUAUUUACCAGUCGGUUGUCAUGUUUUUCAUGACUUUGCUUCCCUGGUGGGUGCCAGACGUUGCGUACCUGGAAGAUUGA